GCGCGCGCGCGCGCGAGUGUGAAACUUCCGCAAACUCUCUUCGGAGUCCGUCAGUCAUCAUGUCCAACAAUAACGCGAGCAGCAGCAGUGUGGCUGUGGCGCAGAGAGCCGUCAAACAGCUCAGACUAGAGGCCAAAAUACGACGAAUUAACGUUUCUCAAGCUGCCACAGACCUGAAGAACUUCUGCCUGCAGAACGCCCAUAAAGACCCGCUGCUGGUGGGUGUGCCGUCCAGUGACAACCCCUUCCGCCCGCCCAAGUCCUGCGGUCUCCUCUGAACAUCUGCUGUCUGAUCACACCCAGAUGCGUUUCAGAUGAUGUGGCUGUCUUCUGCUGUCUGUUUCUACCUUUACACUACUCCAUAAAGACCUCCUGGAGCACUACACGCACACAAACACUACUUAGCCUAGCAAAAAAAGAAAUAUUUCUACUGUUCAUUUUCUUCAUAUCUGCAGUUGCUGUCUAUUUCUAUGAACUGUAUUAUGAGUGAUGUUGACUCUGCUGAAUUAACACUGUAUGGUACAAUCAGCUGUAAAACCUAAACUCGUCCCAUGUUUUGAAAGCAAUUUUAUGUACCAAACACUAUUUUAUUUGUAAUGCGUAUUUUAUAAAACAAAAAGACUUCUUUGAA